UGCCGCCGUCGGGCCGCGGCGGCGGCGGGCCGGGGAUCGCGUGCGAGAGCGGGGACCCGGCGGGCAGCCGCCUGCGCUCAGCACUCGCCAGCCCGCCACCUGGAUCGCCAAGGGGAGCGGCGGCCGAAGCAUCCUUCCCCGCCGCCGGCACCCUCUCCGGCCCCGCCGCCCCUCGCCCCGCCGCCGCCGCCCGGAGAAACUUGGCGUGCUGGCGGGCACCGUGGGCAUCAAAACAAUGAUUCCUCCAGGGGAGUGCCUCUAUGCUGGGAGGAAAAGGAGGAAACCCAUUCAGAAACAAAGGCCUGCAGCUGGGAAUGAAAAAUCAAAUCCUUCAAAGAGGCACAGGGACCGUCUGAAUGCAGAACUUGACCAUCUGGCCAGCCUCCUGCCUUUCCCACCUGACAUAAUAUCCAAGCUGGACAAACUGUCCGUGUUGCGCCUUAGCGUCAGCUAUCUGCGAGUCAAAAGUUUCUUUCAAGCCAUUCAAGAAAAGCACUUUAAGAAGCAAGUUGGCCAAACGAUAAAAGAAGACAAUGUAUGUAACAAGACCACUGUACAAGAAGGUGGACUUCUACUAGAAUCACUGAAUGGUUUUGCAUUGGUGGUGAGUGCAGAUGGAAUGAUAUUUUAUGCAUCAUCAACAAUUGUGGACUACCUAGGGUUUCAUCAGACCGAUGUAAUGCACCAAAACAUAUAUGAUUACAUUCAUGUGGAUGAUCGUCAGGAUUUCUGUAGACAACUGCACUGGGCCAUGAAUCCUCCCCAGAUGUUGUCCGGACAGCAAACACAGACAGAAACAGGAGAAGAAUAUAUUCUCAGUAAAUUGUUUAAAGCACAAGAGAAUGACAGCACGACAACAGAUUAUUCUUCCUUCUUAACUCGUUGUUUCAUCUGUCGAGUUCGCUGCUUGUUGGACAGUACUUCUGGCUUCCUUACAAUGCAGUUUCAAGGCAAACUAAAGUUUCUUUUUGGACAAAGGAAGAAGUCCUCAUCAGGAACAGUAUUACCACCUCAGCUGUCCUUAUUCUGCAUAGUGGUACCACUUCUUCUCCCUUCUAUGACAGAGAUGAAGAUGAAAAGUCUGCUUGUGAAAGCAAAACACAAAGCUGAUGAUGCAGCAGCAGUGAAUACAAACUCCAGUUCCAAAGGUAAUUCAGGUCUGUGUGAAGCAGCAGAAUUAUACGGAAGAAAUAGUCAUCAUGAAGGUGCAUCUUUCAAUAAUGUUUUACAGAUUGCUGAAAACCAACUCAAAGCAAAGAAUAAUGGAGAAAAUGGCAUUUCUCUAGUCAAAGUACAAACAAAUGAAGAUCACUGGGUCUGGGUUCAAGCUAACACUCAACUUCUGUAUCGAAGUGGUUGUUCAGAAUAUGUCCUUGCCCAGCAGCAAAUGUUAAAGGAAGAAGAUGAACAACUGAAGAUACCAAGCAGUUUUGCCAGUUUGAAAGGAAACCUAGACGGAUUUUCCUACAACAGUGCCAUUGAAACCCUGGGCCAGUUAAAGCAUUUUAACUGGACAGCAGUAAAAAAUGAACAAGACAAUAUAAAAGUGAAGUUUGAGCCUCAUACAAAUGGUGAGUGUUUCAUGCAAGAGGAAUCUCUCAGCUCUAAUGUAUCAGUUUUAGGCGUUCAAAACAACUGCACCACAAACAAUAGCUGGACUUUAAGAAACUCAAGCUCUUGUUCUAUGAACCAGCGAAUGAAUGCGUGUUCAAACAGAAGAGCUGGAUCAUUCUACAAUAGAGACCAAAGUUUCUUAAAUUUAGCAUCAACUUGUCCUUCCCACUGGGGGAGUGCAGAAAAUUGUCAGUCUUACUCAGGCUUACAACAGCGCGCUGUGGAGAGCUACGCUACAGACCAUCUGAAACUGCAGAGAUCGUUAAUAUCCUCAGAGUCUCUCUAUGAUGCAGCAUUUCCCUUGGAUAUGCCUAUCAAAACAGAAUACGAUUCUGAUUCUGAAAACAUCGCUGAUAACUACCUGACGUCACAAAACCGAGCCUGGAUGGAUGACAACAACGCAGUGAGGAAGCAGUUGUUCAGCUAUCCCAACAGGGUGCACCUUAAAACAGAACCGGACCUCUGUCAGCAAGCUUCACCUUGCCAGAAGCCUAGGCACUGCCUUUACACGCCGCAUAACUGGCAAUGCAUCGUAGCAAAUCAUCCCAGCAAUCUCAAUCUGAACAGAUCUUGCAAGGGUUUGCGUAACAGAGAGGUGGCCCCGUUUUGCCCCCAGAACUCCUCCACCUGCUUGGAAAGCCUGCCUGACCUGCCGCACUCUGAGUGCUACGGCCAGUUCUACAGCCCCGGUCCAGGGGAGGAGAAAGAGCAGAGUGAUGAGGUUUUUAAAAUGCCAUGUGAAUACAAAAACCCCUGCUUGGUUCAAGCAAUCAAGCGUGAGCCCCUGGAUUCCCCACCAUUGUCCAGCAAUGGACAGAACAGAGCACAUGUGAGCUUCCCUGAAAACACAUUAGCAGGUCCUGUGCCUCAUAAAACCACUGAAUGUACAUUCUUACAAUAGAUUUUAUAGCAUUGGGAAUAUUUAUAAUGUUACAGGCAAGAAGAAAUUGUAGGUUCUCUUCCAGUUGGGUUAAAUGAGUUACCAAAAUUUAAAGCCAGUGGAAAGAUUUUAAGUGUGUGUGCGCGCGUGUGUGCUUCUGUGUGUGGAAAAAAAAACUGACACAGAUGCAUACCCCCCUCACACCUUUACACACAGCCAUUCUCUUAGUGAUCCUUGGAAAGAAAGAAAGAUAAAACCUCAGAUACAGAAAAAUAAUCAGUUAUUAUUGCACAGGUGUACUUGCUAAUUUGUCUUCAUCGUCUUUCCUUUCUUGUUUGCAGUUCUGUAACAAGGUCUAGCUAUUUCUGUUUCUUGCCUUUGUUCCUUUUUUUUUUUUUUCCUCUCAAGCUGAAGUGAUGCCUUUGUGGUAAGACAAAAUGUUUAUGGCCUUCAGUGUGGCCAAAAGUUUACCUUUGAGUUUUCUUGGUUUUAUUUUUAGCCACUCUAAUAAGAAGCAUUAGCUAUUCCUUUAUCUCAACAUUAAAUUAAUGACAACAGGCAAGGGCUUCCCAAACCCGACUUCUUAACUUAAAAGGAUAGCAUUAAUUUAGAGAAAACAGCAUUCGUAAAAUGCAUUAGAAGUUAUUUCACUUCAAACUGAGGUUUUUCCCAUGUUUCCUUGACAAGACUGUUUUAGUACGCAUAUUUUUCUAUUUUAAAGCCUUCAGGCUUUCAUGUUGCUGUUUGAAAGACUGAACAAUGGGAUGUUAUCCACUUCCAUAAAUGAGCUACAAAGGGCUUUUAAAUGUACGUGAGAAGAAAGUAUUUCUCCAAUUAUUUUCCUUGCUCUCACUUGUAGCAUUAACAAAAGAAAUGCACUUUUAACUUUGAUGGUAUCUCUUGGACUGAUAACAGCUUGUUAGUCAUCAUCACCUGACAUCAAAAAUCAAAUCCCAUGAUAAGAUUAGAAAUGUUAUUUUCAAAAGCAACCUCAUUUCAUCCCCAAAAGAAAAUCUUAAUCUCACUGAGAGACAACUGGAUUUAUGCACCAAAGUGCUUUUGAAAACAGAUCCAUAUGCUUUCCUUUGAACCCAGACAGUCAUUUAUUUCCACUUUAAAAACAAAUCUACAACUCUGUUUUGGUUAUUGUUGUUGUUGUAGUUUGACUCCUGCACUAAUUUUUGUUUUAAAAUUGCACUAUUUCAACUUUAUAUCGCCUUCAAUUAUAUAAAAAAACAUCAUUAUAAAAAAGCUUAGGUGUAUAUGUGCUUUUUGAAAGAAGCCCUAUAACGAAUGUUUUCUUUUUCAAAAUGUUAUAAAUAAUUAUAUUGUCUUUUUCCCUGCUAGCCACUAAGGGGAUGGCUUUACAUGCCAGUGAAGUGGCAUAAAUUUCUCCCUAAUGCUAUAUGUAUAUGGGAUAAGUGUAGUUUUCAGGUAAGGGGAUGGUUCUGCACAGGGAGUGGCACCUGGGAGUCUGCUCUUCUCCAAGUCUGAUAGAAGUCGCUGCCUGAACGCUAGAGUUGGCAGCAGUAAAUAACACGCAUUCUCUGCAUUUCAAUUAUGUGCUUAUGAACAAUGGGUUGAUCUGAGAUGCUGCACUUUACACAGAAAUGUUGGAGACACUUACUAAACUUUUGAUGACUGUCCUGCAUAUGGCAGUAUUCACUGCAGAAAGGGAAGAGUGGACGAUAAAGAGGGGCAAAAAUGUCCUGCUGCAGCUCAAGUUAAAUCUGCCGUAACCCAGCUGACCAUACUCAAGCCAGGAGAAAUCUCUAUUUUUGUGUCUGAGGUACAUCAGCUCCCUGUUGGCUAUGUGCUGCCUCUUACUUGAGACUGUCUUGAUAUCCUUGCCUUAGUAUUUUCACCGGUGGGUACAAUGCAACAUCAGACCCCUUUCGGAGAUGAGGCUGUAAGGGUGGAAUUUACACCGCGAUCCCGUGAAUCAUCAUUCUCUUCACAUAAGGGGAAGCCCAAUCACACAAAUCGUUCUGGGUACUCAAGUCAAGUGAGACUGUGAUAAAUCAGCAGAGGUGCACAGUGUCUGCCUUGUUGAGUCGUUAUCUACAAAAACAAGAGCAGAAGUGGGGUGGUGCGGAGAUAAGGCAGUGUGGGACUAGCAGAGGACAUGCCAGAAUGACUGCCAAAAAGCUGUUCAUUUAACCCCGCUCUUGGACUCACCGUGACACCACUCUGAGUGAAGGUACCUGGGCAUGGUUUAGCACUACCUUGCGCCUUCUCUCUUCAUUUGGAUCGAUGCAACAUGACUGUAAAACACUACUAGCCUCAUCUGGAAGUGCUGAUGCCAUUUUGCACAGAUAGAAAUGGUCGCACCGGCUGCAACUUUGUAGAGGACUUUGCCUCUGAAUGCCUUGUAUGUGCUUAGAGGUGUUUCCUAAGUAGUUAUUUGUGCAUAACUACAAAGGGAGAACUAUUCCAGCCCGAUUUCUCUCCAGUGCGGGAGUAGCUUAUGCUAACAACAUAAGUUCUCUUAAAGAUUUUUCUGUUACAGAAAAAUGGAUAUUUUGUUGACGUAAUUUCAUCUACUGUCAGGCUCUUCUGGUCUAUUUUGGCUGGGAUUACUUUUCUCAGGCUCCCAACAAAUCCAGUCACAUUUUACGCAUUUUAAUUCAUAUUCUAAAGGUAGAUGAAGGUUCUGCGUGUAAGAGAAGUUAAUCUGAUACAUGAGGUGUAAUGGCCUUCUUCUAGGAGGAUGAAUUAAUGUGUCACUUAAAAGGAGAUGCCACCUCCUAACUGCUCCCUGUGCAAUUGUGGUCAGGUUUCCUUCCUUACCCUUCCAUAAAGUCUGAAUCCAUGAAAAAUACUAGGUGACUUACACUUAUGCCAUGCAUCACGUUUGAAUUUUUCUCACUUGCGUUGUGGCUGACUUGCUACUCCCAGUCUCGCAUGAAAGACCGAGAAGUAGGGUUCAAGGUGUUUUCAUCCAGUGGCAUUCAGCUUUUAUCCUCAAUGAGUGGUACUUGUAUCCCCAAGCACAGCCCUAGGGUCUGUUUUAGGUGCCUCCCAAUGCAUUUAUUGUGACAUCGACAAGAUUCUUCUUGUAGAACAAAUGCCCUUACAAAUGCUUGCUUGACAGAAACUUGGAGCUUUCAGGCCAAAAGAAAUGCCUUUCUUUUCCCCGUGUGUGCCUGAUGCUUUCUAGCACCUGACUGAUGAUAGCAUUCUGACUUCAGCUGUACAAUCUCCAGAGCUUGCGAUAGAACAAACUCCUUAAUUCUGGUAUUUUAUUUUUUUUUAAGCUCUGAGAAUGUGUCUGCCUCGGAGAUGUUACUCAGCCCACAGACAGCAGAGAUUAUUAUCAGUGCUAAAGCUGCUGCUGAAGGUCUUGUCUUUACUGAGAACUUGGCCUCAUUUUCGCUCUCAGCAGACAGCUGCAGUGCUGCCCAGUGCUGGUCCAAUUAAAGCACACCACUUGAAGCCACUGUCUUUACCUGAAAACCAACCUAAUUUGAGCGAGGGGUAAGCUUGUGAGGUAAAUGGGAGCGGAUUUUCCUGCUUCUUCUGAUGCUGUUAACACCAGUGGCUGAAACUGGGGCAGACUUCCACUGUAGAAAACACUAUCGAUAAUUUAUAUUCACUUUAGAUUGGGAUGCCCAAAUAGAUCUUUUUUGAGAAUCUGAAGAGAAUCUGAACUCUUUGUAGGACUGACGGACUUUCCACGACUUGACUGUAAUAUAGUAAUGUUUUAAUUGCCCUUCAAUAGAACAUAGUGAUGGAUUCUUAAAAUCCUUUGAACUGAAUCUCAUCUGGAUGGCAUAGGGAGGUCUGACAUUUGUGUGUCUGCCAGUUCAGAAGGACUUUUGCUGAUGAUCCUCAGUAGAGUAUUAAGAUUGACAGGGCAUGUGCAAUUCUCCUGGAAAUUCCUAAUGCUUAAAAUACUUCAGUGGAAGGCAUCAAGCCUGAGGCAAGGAAUAGUCUGUGGGAUAAAAUCGGCUUCUGCUGCCUGGAAGCCUUGUUUAACUCCUGUUGAAGCCAUAUGGGAACUUACGUAGGAUAACUUGACCCAGGGUAGUUAUUUCACAAAAGCCAUUAAUUUGUCUUAACAAAUUAUGAUAUUUUAAUUAAAAUUGUAAAAAGAUAUCAUUUCUCCUGCCUAUGAAUAAAUAAGUUGCUCGGGUAGUCAAAAAACCCACCUAAUUCAUUUUCUUUCAUUGCGGUGUCAUCUAACUAAGAAACCCAAACUCAGUAUGAUGGAGGUAUAUAGAGCCUUUGCUCUUUAUUUCUUUUCAUUCUGUUCUCUCACUAGAAAAGAAGUUUCUUCCCCUGGAGCUUCUUCCUCUCCUAUGCCUUGCAAAAUCCUCUGUGAAAUCACUUGUCAUGAUUGAAGCAGACUUCUGUAACAUGCACAGUGAGAAAAGGAGUUCUGCAGGUGGCCACGCUCAGGCUGCAGUCACAAGGCUUUUAUUUAGCUGAACAAAACUUAUGGAAGAGAUACCAGUAGUUUAUGGCCACAGACCCUACCAUCCUGACAAGUAGACCUUUGAACACGCAUGGCACAUAUUCUUGCCAUUAUAAACACAAAUUCUCCUGUAAUGCGAUUAUAAAUUUUUCCCCUUUUCACAUUUUUUUCCCAUAACUGUGUUUUCUACAUUGAGUGACCACAUUUUCUCAAAACUGAUAUUCUUGGUUUUUAGAUUUAUAUUGGCUUUGCUCAUAUAAAACUGUUCUCAGAUACCCUGAAAUCUGAAGCAAGUCAAAUACGACCAGCAAUUUUUUGGUUAUGUUGAAUGUGCGUUGAUAAAACUUUAUCACAUUACAGGUUUUAUCAAAUUAAAAACUGUCCAAACAUAAAUUGAAAUAGAGUCCAGUUUCUUUAAUUUGAAUUUGAAUUUAGUUAUAAAUUCAAAUGUAGUUUGAAGUGUGUAUUUCAGUUAACAGCACUGAACAAAAUCAUCAGUGACAUGCUGAAAAAUAUAGUAAAAAGACAAAAAGUACUUUUUUUUUUUUUCUUUAACCACAUGCAUAUUUAAACACUUGCCUUAAGCAAAGACUUUCUUUGGGAGAGUGUUUGGGUGGAGAGUAAAACAAUAUUGUUAAGACAAAUUUUGGGGAGAAAAAAAUCACACUGAGUGAUGUCAUACUGUCAAGGUGUUCUGUGACUACAGCAUUAACUCUCUACUCACUAUCAAUAAUUCUGUACUCCAAAAUCAUGUUCUUAUUUUUUCUGUAGAACUGAAUUUGUUACUCUUCAGCCUGAAAAUAAUUUCUUGAAAACAGGGGUUGAGGUAAUUCAGUGCUAGCAUGUGUGUCUCUUGGUCAGACUGAAAACAGCAUUCUAGGAGGCAUGAAGCCCUCUCUACUCUUUGAAACUGUGAUAAAUUUAGAGUCUGCAUUAAUGCUGUUGCAGGUGGUCGUUGCAGCUCAGUCACCCACCAGGUGCUCUGACUGUGCAGCCUGAAGUUUCAUGGGAUUUUUUGUUGUGGCAGGGCUCCAGUGACAGCUCUACAACAAUCAAAACUUCUACUUUCACACUUGUAUUGUUAGGAUUACAGUAUUCCAAUGACUAAGUGUGAGGAAAAUAUAAAAAGAAAAAAAGAAAAAAACACACAAACAAACAAAAAAACUUUGCAUAAGGCAAUGUAAAGAGCAUCAGCUGCUUUGCUAAUCCUGGUAAUUCCAUUUAAUUAAUUAAAAAGCUGUGUCUCAAAAAUCAGGCAAAGUUCUGGUCUAGAAAUCUCCAUUUUGCACAGGAGCACGUCACAGGAAUUACACCACCAUUCUGCCUCUUUGUAGGGCACACCUUGGUCUUGCCUUUCCUUAUCCCAUCACUCUCCCUUCUGAACCAAAUUUCUUCCUUUUUAUUUUUAACUUUUGCACCGCGUCCUUCCUUUGUUCAUUUAAAAUCUGAGAUAAGAAGAGGCAAGCAGUAACAUUGUGUUUUGUUUUGACUUUUGUCUUUCUAAGAAAUAAUUUCAAAAAGGUGCAAGUUAUCUCAGUUCUCAGCAACAUAUCAAGUCUACUUGCUACUCUCCUCGUAGUUUGGAUGAUUCUUCCUCUACGUGGCCAACAGCCUCCCCUCUUCUGAAAGGGCUCUUCCUCACACUCCUUCACCUCUUCCCAGGUUCUUAAUGAAGCCAAAGAACACUUUCAUCCUUAAAGGUAGCUGUGCCUAUCAAAAAGCUUCUCCUUUUUCUUCCUCUAGCUUUUCUACCUUUGUGACUUUAUAGGAUGGUACUUUGCAGCCUCCACCCGUUCUGCUUUCUGCCUCCAUAGCUUUAUUUUUACUCAGGCAUACUUUAAAAGUUUUGCCAAAAGAACAAUGUUAUGCAGAAGUGCAACGCCCUGUUUCUUCCCCUGCUCCCUUUGAAUAAGACAAAGGUACGGGCAGAAGUCUUAGUGUAAUUACAUCUCAUAAAACAGAAAAAAAUCCCUUUGCUGGGGAAUCGUACUCUAUUCAGGCGGCUCUAUUGCCAAGAAGCUGUGAGCUACCACCAGCAGUUUAAGUCUGUAAGUAUAUAUUGCCAAUUCCUUUUGUGUUCAGACCUGGUCUCUUUUCAAAGAUGAAGGAGCCUGCUUUCUCCUUUUUUUGCUCCUCUCAUUUUUUUAUUUUUUUAUUUUUCCUAUGUGCAUUUAUUCUUUCACUGUGCAGUUGCACUUUUAAUAUGUAAUUUUUUAAAAGAAGAGUAUGGAAGCAUUGUUGAAAAUGUACAGUGCAGCGUUUCCAAUGAGUCCCUUUUAGGUUCUGAGGUCAGAACUGCAAUGAAUUAUCAAGGGAUUUAAUGUGAGUUUGUAUCAAGGCUUCUGACUGUUACAGAAAUGCCCAUGAAAAUCAUCAGUACAAAUAAUGCGAUUUGUCUCAAAAAAAGGGGCACAACCUGGUAUCAAAACCUGCUAUUAAGAAUGCCGUUCUUGGCUCCUCCUAAACCAGAACAGUGGAGGACAAGAUUAAAUAAAAAGUGCACGGAGACCUGCCAGCAUUUUUGGCCUAACUGCUUUAGUUUUUUACCUGAAAAAUGGGUAUUGCUCGAUCCCAAAGAUUAAGGGAACAACGUACCUGCACGAGCACGGCACAAAAUCCUACCGAUUCGUGCAUGUAACGUGUGUGGUUUGCCCACAACUCGGGCAGGCUCGCUCCUUAGUUUUAAGGCUGGCAAAAAUUUCGGCACACAACAUCUAACCGCUCGCUUCGGGGAAGCAAAUUGGACGGCUCCUGAGGAAUCAUAGCCAGGAAGGGAAACACUUGAUAACCUGUAGUGGGACCCGUAUCAACCAUGCUGCUUUGUAUACAGUUACCAUAGACUCCGAGACCUAUCUGUAGCGGGCUAAGUAAAAGCAGGCAGUAAAAACGUGGAUUUUAUAUUUUGGAAUUUUGUUAAAACAGGUGCACUUUUCUGUGUUUUUUUUUUUUUUUUUUUUUUUUUUUUUUUUGGGGUGGGGGUGUUCUUUUUUAUUUGUUUGUUUUGUACUGUUUUCUCAGUCUGCUUUUAGAGAGACCUUUCCCGUGUAUUUCUUAAAUUAUAUUUUACAUUUAUUACCAGCCGGACGCGUAAAGUUAAAACAGUUGGAAAUAAAUAAAGAAAUAACUGAAAAUUUGCAUU